UGUGUGUGUGUGUGUGUGUUCAUAUUAGUCAGCGGUCUUUAUCAGUGAGGGCCAGCUGGUAGUAACACACACACUCGUCCUCUCAAAACAGCCGUAGAGACACAGUUCUCUCCUGAAGACACGCAGCACUGAAGUGAUUAGUAACCAUGAAGGGCAUUCUGCUCCUGUGCCUGCUCCCCUUUCUUGGAGGUCAAAGGUCAUCAGCAUGCCCCCACCUUUGCUCCUGUCAUGGCAGUCAGGUGGAUUGCAGCAGCAGGUCUCUCACCUCCUCCUCGCUGCCCACCAGUUUCCCCGCUGGGACCACCUCCCUCCGUCUCCACGACAACCGUCUGACCAGCCUCCCCAAUGGGCUCCUGGAUGAUCUGACCUCCCGCUCCGUCUCCCUUCAUGGCAACCACUGGGAGUGUGACUGCGGCAUCCUCUACCUGCGGGCCUGGCUGCUGCGUCAGCCCGCCGCCCUCAUGUCACACCUGGGCGUCAACUGCAGCUCCCCUCCCGGCCUGAGAGGGCGGCUGGUGGUGUAUUUAACGGAGAAGGAGGUCCUGGAGUCCUGCCACUACUGGUACUGUGACCUGGCUCUGGCCUCGCAGGUGUGCCUGUUUGUGUUUGUGCUGGUGCAGGCGGCUCUGCUGGUGGUUCUCAUCGUGUUCCUGAGGAGGUUUGAGAGGCUCUCUCAAGAGGCGAGGAGGACCACGGAGGAGAGCUUCACAGCCGGGGAGAGUGUGAGGGAGAACGAGUACGCGCCAUUAAAGGACAGCAGCAACUGAUAUGGAGCUGUGAUGUAGGAUUGAUACAAAAGAAGGAGAAGAGCUGUUUGUCAUUUGCACACCGGAGAGUAAAUGUCUCUCACACACUUUUUAUGUUUCACACUCUAAUACGAGUGGAAUGGUUUAAUAAGUAUGAAAAUAAUGGAAACCAAUUCCAACUGAGCGCCUACGGUAGACUUGAAAUGGUCCAACACCUCACUAAGACACGUUAUGUUAUUCUUUCAUUUUUCACCCAUCUGCAUAUCUGUAGACCAUUUUAUAUAACCGUUUACCAUCGUAGAACAGACUAAAUGGAAAGAAAGAUUAGAAAAUACAAUUAAAGAAAUAUUGAGGCCUAAAAUGUAAGAUCAAUGGGAUGUAUAUUUGCUCGUCAAAACAUAAAUAAAACAAGUAAGAAUGAAAUGUAUGUAAGCCAGAUAUUUUUUUUUUUUUUUUACCAGAGCAGGAGAGGCAGCGGUAGGAGUUCCUUUGUUCUAUUGUUUGUUUGCUUGUUUUUUUUUGCUCAAUAAAUCAUGAGAAAAACAGAA